GCUCAACCGGGAGAGUAAUUCUCUGUAUUCAGAAAGUAGGACAUUAUCCAGUGUUCCAUUGAAGCCCUUCCCAUCAGAAAGAGCAAUAAUUACGCAAUCGCCUGGAGAUUCAACACACACAAACCCUUACCCAGCUUCCGACACCCGCCACCCCCAUUACUCGAGUACUGACACCCUAUCAUGACCCCUUGUUGCUGACGGGACAUUACUCGUACAGUACCCGAGCACAAGUUACCCGUCACCCGUCGCGAGCAACACUGCUCAGUGGUGAAGGCGUAGACACUCGGGUACCGGGAUCACGACAGCCACCAUUGCGCAGGAUCACGGUCGCACCAGGCGCCUCUCUAGCCCGGACGACCAAGACCCGAAGAACCUAUCCGGGACAACGAGCAAUCCGGGACGGCGGGUCAAGUUUUGGUGAAUAAUUUUUCUGAAUUCACGGAUUUCGUACGGGAUGGCGGAGAUAUACUUGUACGCAAAGUUUGACUGUACUCGAGCAACCAUGGUAAAGUUACUCAUGGACACUGGUACCCGUACCUGCGUGAUGCCAAACGGUAUGGUAGGAACUGUACGAGUAGUCCGGGUCACCGUUUCCCGCAAUAGAGGAGAGCUCGAGGAAGGUAACUGCCCUAAAGCGAUCGUAGGAUUGUUAGCAGGUCCAAUGACAUUUUUCGGGGGCGUAGAAGGAAAGAAAAAAAAAUGCACAUCAACCAUACUCACCGGUAGUGCAGAUACGAGCACAAUAGGGCAGCGUACUCGAGUAUAUCCCCCAUCGUGGUUUAUCCGCUCCUCUCCCCACCCGGCCCAGCCGCCCAAACCAGCUACUAUAUUCACGAUUCGCCACCGUGGAGGGCACGAUGGUACGGCAGCAAGCUCCACGGCACCAGUACUGAGAAUUAGUCAGCAGUGCCUACCGUGCCAUACCGCUUAGACUAGACCAUCUGUGUCAGACGGUGCAAUACUCGAGUCCUGGUGCCGGUAUCGUGCAGCGUUGGUUCAUUGCUGGCUAUCAUGCCUGGAUCUUGUCCUUCGCCCCUCUCCCACGCCUAGGUAGAUCUCAAGAGGUGUGAGUGGACAGAAUCUACUCGUGCUGAGUAAAUUAUCAUAACCCCCUUCCGCUCAUCUCCGAGUGAUCAGCUCUUCCAUUUGUUCGACUAUCAUACCGGCGAGUGGCCCACCUUCUGAUUCCCGCGAUUCACCCCCCGCUCAUCCCUUUCUUCUCAUUUCUGUACGAGCACACCCCGCACUGCAUACUGUAGUGCCUCUACCCUCACCUCGACCCUACCUGGCCUUAAGAGCACUCGGGAUACCGGUAUCCUUCCAACGAGUCUGGCUUUCAAAGGAAGCUACUCCAGAACGGCUUUGCAUGCGUCAGUCCUAAAACCUUACGCCCUUCCCACCAUAAUCCUCCGACAAUACUGGACUGUACCCCGAAGCUUCUCGCCCCUCAGCCUUAUUCCAUCGCCCAGGGCCACUCCCGGUGCCUUAUAUAGCUCCCGGUCAUCUCCACCAGGGUCCUCCAUUUCCGCAACAUCUUUCUCAAGAUCCUCCUCCUCUCUCGUCCCCCAUCUCUCCCAUCGAAACGUCGCCUUUAGAAUGCCUUCGGACAUGAAGGAAUUGCCCAUUCGUUACGCCGGCGCGACCCUUCUUGCUGACAAGCUUGAACAACCGGCCCUCGACAACCGAUCUUACAGAGUGAUUCGACUCUCGAACAAGCUUGAAGCUUUGAUCGUGCAUGAUCCGGACACGGAUAAGGCCAGUGCAGCUUUAGACGUGCACGUGGGGAAUUUCUCGGAUAAGGAUGACUUACCGGUAAGUCUACCCCCGUUACCGUUUUGGGCGCCCCCCGCCAUGCGGCUCUCUCCACCCAUCCGGUAGGCCUGGUGGGUGCCGGAAGGAGGUGGUGGGUGGGUGAGCAUGACGGAAGGCUGAAGCUGGACCCAAUAUUGGUUUCCCCUACCGGGAUUUAUGUAUGGAAGUGACCUUCUGAUGUUUGCGCCGAUCACAACAGGGCCAAGCGCAUGCUGUGGAGCACCUCUUGUUCAUGGGAACCGAGAAGGUAGAUAUUGAUCGGGAUUUCCUAAUACCCAGCCAGAUUUCCUUGAUCGGCUAACGAUUUGUGUCACUCGCUCCCGCCAGUACCCCAGAGAGAAUGAAUACUCACAGUACCUUUCCGAGAAUUCCGGUCAAUCCAAUGCAUACACGGCUGCAACCUCUACCAACUACUAUUUCGAAGUGGGCCACGAGGCAUUCUACGGUGCUCUGGAUCGCUUCGCUCAAUUCUUCAUCUCUCCCCUCUUCCUCGCCGGGACUUUGGAUCGCGAGCUCCGAGCUGUGGAUUCGGAGAACAAAAAGAAUCUUCAAAGUGAUACCUGGAGGAUUCACCAGCUUUCAAAGUCCUUGUCUAACCCUAACCAUCCUUACUGUCAUUUCUCCACCGGAAACUUGGAAACUUUGAAAGAAGAACCCGCCAAAAGGGGAGUAAUCGUCCGGGAUGAAUUUUUGAAAUUUCACGACAAGUAUUAUUCCGCCAACCUCAUGAAGCUUGUAGUCCUAGGACGCGAAGACCUGGACACCCUGGAGAAAUGGGUUGUCGAACUCUUUGACGGCGUCAAAAAUAAGGACCUACCAGACCCGAGAUUCGAAGGCCAGCCAUUCACCGAUAAGGAACUCCUGGUUUGUUCCCUUACGGUUGCUGCCUUGUACCAUGCUGACCUGUAGCAUAGACGCAAAUAUUUGCAAAGCCGGUCAUGGAUACUAGGUCAUUGGAUAUCACCUUCACGUACCCGGAUGAGGAAAACCUUUUUGAGUAUCAGCCUUCUCGCUAUUGCUCCCACCUUAUUGGGCAUGAAGGUCCUGGGUCUGUAUUAGCCCUUCUCAAAAAGAAAGGCUGGGCGGAUUCUCUUGCCGCUGGGCCGGAGCCCACUUGCAAUGAUGCUGCGUUUUUUAAGAUUUCUACAAAGCUGACGGAGGAUGGGCUCGGUAAGCGCUAACUUUACCCUUUAUUAUUAUUGAUAUUCCCGGCUAAUGCUUCACGAAGAAAACUAUGAGGAAGUAUUGAAGGUUAUCUUCGAAUAUAUCCAUCUCAUUCGUAGCACACCCCCGCAAGAAUGGAUUAUGAGGGAGAUACAAGCUAUUGCGGCUGUAAACUUCAAAUUUCGUCAGAAGAGCGUGGCAUCCAAAUUCACUUCCCGCCUAUCAUCCAUCAUGCAAAAGCCGCUUCCCCGAAAAUGGCUACUCUCCGGCACCGCUCUUAUCCGGGAAUUUGACGCUUCGCUCAUUUCAAAGUCCCUGGAGUACCUGAAUCCCAAUAACUUUAGGUACACAGUUAUUGCUAGAGAGUGCCCCAGGGGUGAUUGGGAAGCAAAGGAGCGAUGGUACGGAACAGAAUACCGCGUUGAAAAGAUCCCCCAGAAACUCCUCUUGGAAAUACGGAAAAUAUUUGAUAACUCCAGGGAACCAUCCAAGGAGCUUCAUCUUCCGCAAAAGAAUGAAUUUAUUCCCACCAAUUUUGAGGUGCUGCGCAAAGAGGUUCAGGAGCCGCAGAAGGCCCCCGCUUUGAUCAAGAGCACAGAAAUAUCUCGGAUAUGGUACAAGAAGGAUGACACCUUCUGGGUCCCGAAGGCAAACCUCAAUUGCACGCUUCGAAAGCUCGUAUCACUCUGCCCUCGCUGAAAAUGAAUGCUAACUAAAACACAGCCCUUUAGCAUAUUCCACUCCCGGAAAUACUGUGCGCGCGGUCCUUUAUUGUCGGCUUGUGAAGGACGCCUUUAACGAGUACGCCUAUGAUGCGGAAAUUGCUGGUUUAGAUUACAAUUUGUGGGGACAUUCUCUCGGCCUCGAUGUUGAGAUUUCCGGAUACAAUGACAAAAUGCCAGUCCUAUUGGAAAAGCUACUCUUGAAAAUGCGUGAUCUGGAGAUAACACCCGAUCGCUUCAAGGUGGUCAAGGAUAGGAUGGCGAGGGAGCUCCGCAAUUGGGACUUCACUCUGCCGUACAAUCAAGUGGGAGAAUUUGCAAGGUACUUGCUCUCUCCGCACAUGUGGCUGAACGACGAUAUCCGUGAUGAAUUGAGCAACACCACCUUGGAGGAUGUGAAAAACUUCUUCCCACAAAUAGUGCAGCAAUUUCACCUCGAGGCAUUGGCUCACGGAAACCUUUACAAAGAGGUUUGUGUCGUUCAUACCGAUGCCACAGAAAGUUUUCUAAUAUUAAGAUAGGAUGUCCUACGACUCACUUCUUUGGUUGAAACGAUCCUCAGGCCCCGUGUCCUACCCCCCAGCCAGUUCACUAUCAGGCGAUCCCUAAUAAUGCCCGCUGGUGGUAAAUUCAUUUAUCCCCGCCCACUUAGAGAUGAGAUGAAUGUCAAUCAUUGCAUCGAAUUCAGUUUAUAUAUCGGAGAACACACUGAUAGGGAACUAAGAGCAAAGAGCAUCUUGUUCUCUCAAUUGACUGAAGAGUAUGACCAUUAAUCCAGAAAAAAAAAAUUUAGAAUAUUACCAUGCUAACUCGUUUCCAGACCAGCCUUCAACCAACUAAGGACAAAGGAGCAAUUAGGAUACGUUGUGUUCUCUGGGGCUCGUAUGAAUUCUACCACCAUCGUCUACAGAUUCCUCAUUCAGUCCGAGCGCACUGGGCCAUAUCUCGAAUCUAGGAUCGAUAAAUUCCUUGUCGAUUACAAGAGCACUCUGCAGGCAAUGAGCGAAAAGGAAUUCAGAGGGCACAUUAAUAGUGUUAUUGUGAAGCGAACCGAGAAGCUGAAAAAUCUCAAUCAGGAGAGCAAGAGAUUGUGGGGGUAUAUCAGCAGUGAGCUGUACGAUUUCUCGCAGAGUUAGGAAUUCCACUCUUUAGCCAUCGUGCCUUACAAAUCGUUAACUGGUCACGUCCUACAGUUGAUAUUGAGGUGGACAUAAUCCGCAGCAUCACAAAACCCGAAAUGUUGGAUUUCUACAACAAGUUCAUCGACCCGGAGUCCCACACACGAAGCAAGGCAUCGGUCCAUAUGCAUGCGGCCGCAGUUGCAGAGGCCCCCAAACCUGCCGAUAAAGAGGCUAUCGUUGGGAAGAUAUGCGAGUAUAUCUCAACCCGUUCCGGCGUCGAGACGGAUCCAGCGGUAUUCUCGAAGGCCCUCUCGGCUGCCGACCUCACCAAACCCGAGUCCGCAAUGAACAGAUUUCUUGAAUGUCUCACUCAAGACCUCAAAAUACCCCCCGAGACAGCACAAUCCAUUGCCCAGGAGGGUGCCACAAUACUGGCCACCCUCCUACCUAGCCUCACGAAGGCUAACCCUCUGCCGCAGGAGGAGGGGGAAAUUGGAGACCAAGGCGAGGUCAUCGAAGACAUUUGCGCCUUCAAGGCUAGGCUACAAUUGACGAAGGGAGCUACGCCGGUUAAGCCGUUGGUAGAAUUUGAGGAGUCUUCUGUUAAACUAUAGACUGGGCAAGUUCUUUUUUUCACGCUUAGAAGGCUCGGGGGCAAGUAGGAUAGAGGAAAGGGGUGACAAAUUAGUUUAGUCUAGCUUUUCGAUUCCUGUUUUACUUUUUCCCUUGUUUUUUUAAUUGCGUUGAGUCGGGUACGGGACGGGAUAUGAUGAAAUUCGAAUGAUCUCAUGAACAUGCACACAUAUUUCCCACGAGUAAGCGACCCCGUCUGCACUGCAGUCACGAGGAGAAGGUCGAGUUAGUUUUGCGGACCGCGGUAUGUAUCUAUUGAACAGUAGAUGGCGUGACCAGCCCAGUUCUUAUUCGCGGUUGUUCGCCCCGGGACGGUGGGGGAGCCGCCGGGAUUUGUUAAUCCACAGUUCUUGUUUCCCAGUUGGGUGGCCAUCACAUGGAAUCACUC